AUGAGUGAAUUAAUAACAUGGAGUAAUGAAGAGAUUGAGGAAUUAUUUAAUUUAGUCGUUAAAUUAUUUAAUGGUUGUACAACUCGUAAUAAGUUAAUAGAUAAGAUUCAAAAAAGAACGGGUGUGAGAUCCAACUUCUACCAUUCGGAUUCAAGCUGUAAUACUGGAAAUCAAAGUUCUACUGGAAUAAGAAAUUUCAGUCAAUCAAGCGAGGACAAAGUUGGGAAUCUGAUAGAUAGAUAUUUAAACAAAAAGUUCAUUAUUAUGUUAUUACCUAUGGCAAUCAAAAAAGCAUUUUUUGCAUUUAGUUCUCUUAAAAAAACAUUUAUACGGAAACCAAAUAAUGGACGUAAAGAAAAUGAAUUAGACAUCAUAGAGUAUAGCCUAAUGAUUACAGUAUUCACAGAGUCAAUGGUUUACUACUCUGUCAACAAAAUUAUGAAUGAAGUAAAAAAUAAUUACAGCUCCAGUACCAAUGACAUUUCAAGAUGGGCAUCUCCAUAUAUAAUUAAGGAUUUAGUACAAAAAAUUGAUAAUCAGAUUUUAUACGAAUUUAACGAAUACGGUAUAUCGAUGAAAUCGACUUGGCUUGGAGAAGACGUAAGGAACAAUGUAAACAGGCGCAUAGUUAAGAUGGAUUACCAGGGCUUGUUUACCAAUAAUUUAGGUGCGAAAUCAAACUUUGGGACAAACUUCCGAUAUAUUACAUUAGAAGGCCACGAAAUUCAAGAUGAAAUGCUUUUUUACUUUGAGACAAUAGAACACCUUCCUAACGAAUUAAACGCAAAACUUGGCAGAAAUCUAAAUAGCUUAUCAAAAUCUAUAUAUAUUUUGUCGAUAGAACCCGAAAAGACUGCAUUUAUUUUAGAUAGAAAAUCAGAAUCUUUCAUUCCGGGGAGUAAAAUAGGAAUAAUUUAUUUCCCUUGUAAGGACAAAAUUAGCAUUAAUUGUCAAAGUGCUAAAACAAAAAAAUCAGUGGAACUUGAAUUAUCCGACGAUAAGUUGGUAAUUCUUGAUUUAAAUAAAAAUAAAUACACAUUUCGUAACACUGAUUCAGGAAUAGUUACCUACUGCAUACUAACAUACAUAUUUGGUCCUAAAUAA